AUGGAGACGGUAGUGGCCGUGUCAUUGCCUCCGCCGAACCAAGCGGAGAUGGACGAGCUGCGAAUGCAAAGCGUGGAACGUGUGGCGGCGUCGUCAUGUCAGUUCAAUCAAAUGACCUACGAACAGCUUGUUCAGUUUCAUGCGCAACAAGAAGCCAUGUCGAAACGGUUGGAGGAAGAAUCGAACCGUCAACUGAUCAUGGCCGCAGCGAUGGAGAAGAAUCGCCUGGAGCAAGAGGCGGUGCAAAUCGCGCUGUUGCAGCAACAAGAGUACUUAGUCCGUCAACAAGAAGAACUCAAGCGGGCCAUGGCAAACCAGGCCAAGGCCACGGCGUAG